UUGGUGCAUCGACCGACGGAUACCGGACAAGGAAUAGAAGUUAGUUUAGUUUGCUGGGGUCUAUACUACAAGACGAAGAAAAUCAACAUGCAACGAUUCACCGAAGAACUCAACAAUCUGACUACUCAAGCUAGGGUGCUCGAGAUAGAUAUCCAACGAGCAAAACUGUUAACUGAGGAAAGAACCACCAUACCAGAGGAUGGAAGUAUGAUGAGGAGACGGCUUAGCCGAGUAACCAAAUGUAGUAAUACGCUACAGGAUUCCCUUAAAGCCACUGCCAGAGCAGAAGCAGGCAUUAUUGAGAUUCUUAACAUUCUUGCAACGGAUGAGCAAGAAACUAUAGCAAAUGCACUGAAGGCAGAGAAGGAGAGGUUACAACUAGAUCAGUUAGCGACAUCAGGAUCUACAG